AUGCUAAGGACGAUACCCGCGCCGCCCGAUGCAAGUCCCUUUCUUCGACCCUUCGUCCACCUCACAUUGACCCUGUGCAUCCCUGCAGCCGUCGAGGGGUGGAUAGUCCUGGUUACAAAUGUACACGAAGAGGCAACCGAGGAGGACGUGACGGACAAGUUUGCUGAGUUCGGGGAGAUAAAAAACUUGCAUCUCAAUCUUGAUCGGCGCACGGGCUAUGUCAAAGGAUACGCCCUGGUCGAGUAUGAAACAAUGAACGAUGCUCAAGCUGCUAUCGACGCACUCACCCGUGUUGCAAUGCCUGUCAAGUCUGCGGCAAGCGAAGACCAGACGAAGUCGAAGAGAUCGACCCCUGCUAAUGGCAAGAAGACUGGCUCCGAGGCUGGGGACAGCGAGGGUGUGAGCGAUGUGGCAGAGACGGAGGAAGCAGAGGGCGAAGACGACGAGGAGGAAGAGUAUGAGAUAGAAGUCAUCCUGGACAUGAGGAAGGAAGGUGGAGCAAAGAAGUCGUACUUCGUCAAAUGGAAAAACUAUGGCGAUGAACACAAUAGCUGGGUCACUGAGGAGGAUGCAGGCAAUGCGCAGGAGCUCAUCGACGAGUUCUUAGCUAAGCGCAAGAAGAAGGACGCCGCGGCCGAGUCUGCAAGUGCACGGAGACAGGGUGCUCGCUCCUCUAUGACUGCAGCGAACACGACGGAUGACGCGUCCGACGACGAGUCUACGUCCGUUGCAAAGAAGCGCGGUCGUAAGUCGGAAAGUGCCCAAGCUCGUUCAGCUAAAACGGGAGGGAAAGAAAAGGCCGACGAACGACCAGCAAAGAAGCAGCGUACGAGCAGGAAGGCGACUCAGGAGCAAGAACCGACAGAGCUCCCUGCAGAAGACGAGCUUGGGGACAUGUCAGAGCACAUGUCGGUCGCUUCCUGGGAUCAUCUCGUCGACCGGAUCGACACCGUUGAACGAUCUGGAAAAGAACUCCAGGUUUAUUUUACCUUGAAAGAUGGCCGACGUAUCAGAGAGCAGUCUUCUGUCUGCGCGGAAAAGCUCCCUAGGAUGUUGAUUGACUUCUACGAAGCCAACCUGCGGUGGAGGGAGGCUACCGCCGCGAAUUAGAGCGCCUACUCGACGAUCUAAUAGGAUGCUUUCGAAAUUGUUGUAGUCUUCUCUGUGCACAUCUCCAGUCAUACUGACGCCUCUUAUCUCUUGGUCAAAUCCUGUUUCUGACGUGGUUAUGAUUCGAUGUCGUACACCAUUGCAACGAAAGAGUAAAAUCCGAGGCCGGGGGAGGUCAUUGAUUGGCGUGUGUCACGCUGGGAAGAAGGGGCUUUCUCAAUCCGCGUUCUCCUCCUCGGAUGGAGAUAUAGAGGAAACAUUGACAUCACUUCAGGAUGACAAAGGCAUAGGCAUAAGCAUGCGGAGGCUAAUGACAACAAACUGAUUACAACUCUUCGUGCUCGACAGCAGCAACGUAGUUCCGCAUAGCCUCCUCAACUUGUUCGGAACUCUUGCCGAUGAAGAUCUCGGCGGAAUCAACAUUUACGGUCUUCUUCU